AUGAUCUCGAGACGUCUAUUGUUUUCCUUGGAAGUGGAAAGCUCUCUGGGGGUGGAGGCGGUGGAUUCGGAGGUGGUGGCAGUGGAGGCGGCGGAUUCGGAGGCAGCGGCGUUGGGGCUGGUGGAUUCGGAGGUAGCGCAGGACAGGAAAUCGGAGGAUGAUUUUAAAACGCCCAUUGGUGAGGAAGCUAGUGUGUUUGUAGUGGUGGUGGUCGUGAUGGCGAUGGUGUACGUUGCUGCGGCUGGAGGAGGAUAUGGUAGUGGUGGAGGAGGCGGUGGAGGUGGAGGGAGAGGUGGAGGAGGUGGAGGAAGAGGCGGUGGAGGAGGAAGAGGAGGUGGAGGAGGAUUUGGUGGAGGACGUGGUGGAGUAAGUGGUGGAUUUGGUGGAGGAAGUGGUGGAUUUGGUGGAGGAAGAGGAGCUGGUGGAUUCGGAGGCGGCAACGCACUUGGCGGUGGCGGCGGUGGCGGAGGAGGAGGAGGAGGAGGAUACGGUGGAGGUCGCGGCAGCGGCGGCGGAGGCGGUGGAGGCGGAAGUGUGCUCCCCGCAGUUUUCCUUGGAAGUGGAAAGCUCUCUGGCGGUGGAGGCGGUGGAUUCGGAGGUGGUGGCAGUGGAGGCGGCGGAUUCGGAGGCAGCGGCGUUGGGGCUGGUGGAUUUGGAGGUAGCAGUUUUGGCAAUGGCGGUGGAGGCGGUGGAUUCGGAGGCAGCGGUUUUAGUAGCGGCGGCGGAGGAGGCAGCGGUUUUGGUAGCGGCGGCGGAGGAGGCAGCGGCCGUGGAGUCGGUGGCAGCUAUGGAAAAUGAGCACAUACACCCAGAUGUAAGAAAAUAAAAAUAUCUUUGCACUAAAAGCCUUUUAUUUGAUAUCUAUAACAAUCGCAUCUGCAUAC